CUCCAGUUGCAGUAUAUUCUUCAUCAACUUGUUUUCUAAAAGAAACCAAUUAUUUCUCAAACCAGUUGAACUCCCUUGUUUGUUCCUUCACGUGGACUAAAUUCUCCCAUUUUCCUUGCCAAAUAAAAUCCACAUCCCAUUUUCCUUUCUCUUGUCUGCUGCAACAGCGAACCUAAACAUUCUGAAAUGAGUCAGUGUGUUCCUAGCUGGGAUUUGGAUGAAAAUCCCACAGCCCCAAGAGUCCCUCUUCGUAGUUCAAAUUCCAAUUCCACUGCUCCUGAUGUUCCCGUGUUAGACUACGAAGUUGCGGAGCUGACAUGGGAAAAUGGACAGCUCUUCAUGCACGGUUUCGGUCAGCCAAGAGUACCGGAGAAACCCAUCUCCGCCGGCGCCGGCGCCAGGUCAAUAGCCCCAUCUUCCAAGUACACAUGGGACAAGCCACGCGCGAGUGGCACCUUGGAGUCUAUAGUAAACCAAGCCACUCGCUUUCCCCACCGGAGCAAAUCCGUUUUCGACGUCGGCGCCACCGACGGCGAUGACUUAGUGCCGUGGCUUGAUAACCAGAGAGCGGCGGCGGCGGCUGCCGUAAUGACCACCAUCGCUACGGCGGCGGCAUCGAACACGGUCACCAUGGACGCCAUGGUGCCUUGUUCAAAUCGCACCGAAGAGAAGCGGACCACACGUGGUGCCACAGUUAGCACGUGCGUGGUGGGCUGUUCUACACGUGUGGGGUCUUGUAGUGAGCCCGCCACGCAAGGGGAAGAGACACUAUUGGCGUCGCAACGCUCGAAGGUGGCGCGUGUGCCAGUGGCUCCUGAGUGGAGUAGCAGAGAUCCGAGUGCGAGUGGAAGCGCCACGUUUGGAAGAGAAAGCCAGCACGUGACGUUGGACACGUGCGAGAAGGAAUUGGAGAUGGGUUUCGUUUCCAUGUCGAUGGGGUCGCCGGAAAACACCAGCUCCGCCAAGCAGUGCACCAAAACCACCAACGCCGACGACCACGAUUCUGUUUGUCAUAGCGGACCACAGAAAGAGACAGGCGAUGAGGAGGACGAAAAGAAAGGAAUAGGAAGAACCUCAGUGUCCACUAAAAGGAGAAGGGCAGCAGCAGUACACAACCAAUCUGAAAGGAAAAGGAGAGAUAAGAUAAACCAGAGGAUGAGGACAUUGCAAAAGCUGGUCCCAAAUUCCAGCAAGACAGAUAAAGCUUCAAUGCUGGAUGAGGUGAUAGAGUAUCUAAAGCAGCUGCAAGCUCAGGUGCAUGUGAUGAGUAAAAUGAAUAUGUCAGCCAUGUUGCUACCAAUGGCCAUGCAACAACUUCAAAUGUCCAUGAUGCCUCCUAUGGGCAUGGGCAUGGGCUUGAGAAUGGGAAUGGGUAUUGAUAUGAAUAACAUCAGUCGUGGAAACAGCUUUGUUGGUAUUCCUCCGGUCUUCCAUCCUUCGGCUUUCAUGCCUUUGGCUUCAUGGGAUGCCACGUCACUUGGCACUGAUCGACUACAAGGAGCUCCGUCAACGACCGUGAUGCCUGAUCCAUUGUCCACUUUUUUAGCAGGGCAAAACCAGCCUAUGACCAUGGAUGCAUACAAUAGGAUGGUUGCCAUGUAUCAGCAGCUAUACCAACCUCCAGGUUCUACUUCCAAGAGCUGACUUAGCUAGCUGCAACGUUUUCUUCUAGCUGUUGUAAUCUGCUCUGAAACAGUGAAUCUUCUAUCAUUAACGGAAUAUAUGUGUAUUAUAUUAUUAUAUAUCCCAUGGUCAUGAACGAAUAUUAUUAGUGCUUCAUUUGUUGCCGUUUUUUCUUUUUCCUUUUUGGUGGGGAUGAUGAUUUCAGGUUGUUUGACCUUAAUCAACAGAUCAUACUAAUUGCAAACAAACUUGUGUAUGUAUUUUUAUAUUCAUGUGAUAUAUUCGGAUCU